GUGCGGAAGUUGCAUCCAGCACUAGUUGAAGAACAAGAAGGAGGAGGACGAAACGCUUCUCCUUUUUCUUUCUUUCCUUAUUCUUCUUCUGCCCCGACUCGCAACUUUACUCCGCAGGGGAAGGGUCGAUUUACCGCGGAGCCUCCGCCCAUCUUCAGCCGACCUUAGAGCUUCUCUGUCGGCCUCGGCGACUUGCGGGCGAUGGCUCGGCCGAGCCACAGCGAUCACGUCCUCCAGCAGCUGAACAACCAGCGCGAGUGGGGCUUUCUAUGCGACUGCCUCAUCGCCAUCGGCGACAUCUACUUCCGGGCGCACAAGGCCGUGCUGGCGGCCUGCAGCUCCUAUUUCCGUAUGAUGUUCAUCCGCGACCAGCAGGGGGCGGCGCGCCUGGACCUCAGUAACAUGCAGAUCAGUGCCGAGUGCUUCGACCUGAUCCUGCAGCUCAUGUACCUGGGACGCAUCGCUGCAGGCUCCUUUGACUUCGACGACCUCAAAGCGUCCAUGGUCUACCUGCAGAUGUACUACAUUCCCGACUCGCUGGACGACCUGCGCGACAUCGGCGGCGCCUCCAACCUGACGCCGUCCUCGUCCGAGUGCUCGACGGCGGCCGCUGCCGGCGGAAAGAUGUUGUUCGGGGUUCGCAUGUACGAACGGCAGAGGCCGGCCGCUGCUGGAGAUUCUGCCGACGACACCAAAAACGUCAGCGGCUCUGCCAGCCUCGGCAGGUACUUGGGGGUGCCGCCCGCAACCGAGGAAGCGCCGAGGGCCGCCGUCCUCCCGAGUGCGGACGCGGGACAUGCGUCGGAGCAACCGUGCGACCUGAGGAAGCGGAGCGGAGGAAGGAGCUCGGCCCUGAGGGAACGCCCUCGCUUCGGCCGCACCUUCACCUGCGACGACUGCGGCUUCGUCUUCAGCUGCGAGAAGCUGCUGAUCGAGCACAUCCUCACCUGCACCAACCGCAAGACCUUUGCGCCCGCCCGCAGCCCGGACGGCGACUCCCCCAAAGCCGAGAGCUCCGCUUCGGACAGCGCCGAAGAGCGUCGGGUGCUCGGCGACCUGCGGUCGGUCGCGGCGGGGCCGAGCGGUGGGGCCGGAUCCGCCCACCGGGUUUCCAUCAAGACGGAACCCGGGGAAGACCCGCCCCCCGAGGACCGGGAGGCGGGCGGCGGCGGCGGCGCGGAGGAUGGCGAAGCGGCGCCCGGCGUCUCCGGCGUGGAGAAAGCGAGCGAGCGGUGCUCCAGCGCCAUGUCGGGAAGCGACUCGUCGGCCGCGUCGCCUCACUUUUUUGCGGUGAAAGAGGAGAGCACGGACGGCGCCCCCUGCGAGCUGUGCGGGGCGCCGCUGAACGAGGACGACAGGUCGGCGCACUACCUGUCCAGCCACCUGGGCCACAUCUGCGCCUGCGGACGCUGCGGCCAAGUGCUGAUCAAAGGCCGGCAACUCCAGGAGCACGCCGAGCGAUGCGGCGAGUCAGAUGAGGCGGACGAGCCCACCGGCGCCGACCUGGCCUGCCCUCACUGCGGCUUGCCCUUCCAGAGCGAGAGCCUGGCGCUGGAGCACGCCCUCUCCUGCCCCCACGAGGCCGAGCCCUUUCGGCCGGGCGCCGGUGGCGGCGGCGGCCCCGACCACCGGCGCAAGCACUUCUGCACCAUCUGCGGCAAAGGCUUCUUCCAGCGCUGCCACCUGCGCGAGCACUACACGGUGCACACCAAGGAGAAGCAGUUCACCUGCCAGACGUGCGGCAAGCGCUUCCUGCGCGAGCGCCAGCUGCGCCUACACACGGACAUGCACCGGGGCGUGGCGCGCUACGUGUGCCCCGUGUGCGAGCAGGGCACCUUCCUCAAGCACGACCACGUGCGCCACAUGAUCUCGCACCUAGCGGCCGGCGAGACCAUCUGCCAGGUGUGCUUCCAGAUCUUCCCGGGCGGCGAGCAGCUGGAGGAGCACAUGGACGUGCACCUCUACGUGUGCGGCGUGUGCGGCGACAAGUUCCGCCUCCGCAAGGACAUGCGCACGCACUACAACCUCCAGCACACCAAGAGGCUGUAGACCGAGCGACCGCUUGUUGGCGGACCCUGAAAAAAGCGCCAGGAGCAAAACGCUAAUUUAGCUUAGCGUUGGCUUGCGAAGCGGCUUCAGGCAUGUGGGAAUGUGCGCAUGCAUACUCGUGUGCAGACACGCACGCACACGUCUUCCCCAGUGGAAACAUUCUGGCUCCGCUGGCACAGCCCUAAAAUCCCGUUGCUGGGUUUUAUUUGAUGUGUUUUGCCCUCCUGCACUUUGAACCCUGCCCUCAUCUUUCGGGGGCGUGGUCGAGACGUCGGACAAAACGGGAUUCCUGGUGGACUUGAAAGUGGCGAUUCUUCAUGAAAACUCGUCAAGUGGACAGACUCGAGUUGUGUUGUGCUUCUGGACCCCAACGGAACCCUGAGGGUCUCCAUCGAGGGUCUUUGUGUUCUUUCUCAGCUACACACUUUGAAUAAACAACUGCACACCUUA